CAAUGAUGGAUGUUAAACCCUAGAUAGUCCUCAGAGCACUAUCUAUACCCUCUUCCUCCUCUUCCUGCUCAUCCUCCUCUUCCUGCUCAUCCUCCUCUUCCUGCUCAUCACCAUGGACUCCCCUUCUAAGAAGUCCCGUGUGUUGUCCCACCUGCGGCAGCGCGCCGGGCCCCUCCUCUCUACCAUCCGACGGGGCAGGAAGAGCCCCAGUAAGACUGAGGUGUUUCCAGAACAUGUCUUAAACCACAGGAUGAGUUCCUCUGUCCCAGACAUCACCCCCACCUCCUCCCUGGCCCAGCAGGACUACCAGACUUACAGCAGCCCCAACACUCCCGUCAUGAAGACUGUUGGAGACAGAAGACAGGGAGGAGGUGCUAACUCCCACACUGUUAACACGGCUGGGAGUGCUGGGAGCGACGCUGCUCCGAACAGACUGAGUGUUCCGGUGGACCAGGCUGACUGGACGUCCCAGGAGUCAGUGUGUAGUGGACCCAGUGCUACUUCUUAUGAGGAGGAGGACCUACCAGAGGAGAGCCAUGCGCAGAGAGCUGCCUCUGCUGGAGGGGGGUCAGGGACAGGGGCCUUGGAGCUGCAGGACCACACGGGACACUGUAGUGAACACACUCCCACUGGCCUGCACAGCAGAGAGAUCCCCUCAGUGGAGAUAUCAGAGGACAUGACGCAGCAGAACGGUGACAGCCAUGACCUUGAGACCCAAACAUCACAAGACAUGGAGAACAACAGUUUUGAGAUGGGGAGUCCUACUGAGAUGCUGAGUGUAUCCGACAGCACCAGAGAGUCCCAGAGGUCCUACCUCCUCUCUAUCAACCUGAAGGAAGGACGCAACCUGGUCAUCAGAGACCGCUGUGGUACGAGUGAUCCUUACGUGAAGUUUAAACUGGAUGGGAAGACACUAUACAAGAGCCGAGUGGUUUAUAAGAACCUCAACCCAACAUGGAACGAGUCCUUUGCUUUCCCUGUCAGAGACCUGGACCAGAGACUGUAUAUUAAGGUGUAUGACCGGGAUCUGACCAUGGAUGACUUCAUGGGAUCCAGCUACGUUCUCCUCAGUGAUCUGGAGAUGGAAAAGGUGUGUGAGCUGUCCGUGCGUCUGGACGACCCCAACAGUCUGGAGGAGGACAUGGGAGUCAUCAUGCUGGACAUGUCUCUCUCUCUCAGGGAUAGAGACAACGAGAGGAACUCUAGGUGGCCUAAGAGGAAGAGGAGUAUCAGGUCUCCGCUGGCCCAGAGUGGUCGUCUAUCAGAGUCUCUGAGGAAGUGUCAGCUGUGGUCAGGUGUAGUGGGGGUGACCCUGGUGGAGGGACAGGACCUGCCAGAGGACGGACCUGGAGAGCUGUUUGUACGAUUCAGACUGGGGGAGCAGAGAUACAAGAGCAGGAACCAGCCCAAGAAGGCCAACCCACAGUGGAGGGAGAGGUUUGACUUCAACCGGUUCCCGGAGGGUCCUGGGGUCCUGGAGAUAGAGGUCUGGAACAAAGAGGGACGCAAAUAUGAGGAGUGUUACGGCAUGUGUGAGGUGGACCUGUCCAGUGUUCUACCCAACCAGUCUCAGCUGUUCACGCGGGUUCUCAAAGAGGGAAAAGGUCGGGUGGUCUUCCUGAUCACUCUGAGCAUGUGUAGUGGCGUCUCCAUCUCCGACAUGUGUGCCCCGCCCCUCGAGGAGCCUCAGGAGAGAGAGAACACUCUGGAGAAAUAC